AGACCUGGGAAGGUCAAGGUGAGAGACCUGGUGAGACACUUGCCCACACACAUCCCCCUCCCACACAUGCCUCCAAGCUGGAAGCUCCUGUAAACAGGUACAACAGCAGAGGGAAAAGAUAUAAACUCUUCUUGAAAUUCUUCCUUCACACCCCUAACUCAACCCCCACCCCCACUCCAGGGCCUGGACUUCCAUGCACCCCUCCUGCCUCUAUCUCCAACUUUCUGGGUGACCUUGAGCAAGGGACUUGCUCUUUUUGAACCUCAGCUUCCUAAUACGUAAAGAAGUCCUGACCAUCCCACCUAGCAGGAUUUGCUGUGAGGAUUGUUUGAAAUAAGGAAGAUAAGAGAUGUGAAGCAUCUCUGCUUUCCAUAGUCCAAGGGCUUGUAUUAUUAAUAAAUGUUGGAGCUUCUGUUCCCUCUUCAGCGCCCUCUCCUGGAAGGACGUCCACAUGCAGAAUUUGCCUCAGAUCCUGACUCUGGACUACAUGCUUGGUCUGGAGAGGAUUUCUGUUUGUCUCCUUCCCCUCCCCGUUCCCGCCUGUGCCUCCAGUACAGCUGCACUGAAGUACUUAUGCCAAGGGGUUUUCAAGGGUUGGGGUUCAGGUUUUCUGUGCUCAGUUUGGACCCUGGGCUCUAAGUUCAACCUGCCCUUCCCCUCAGCCUCAGUCCCCUUAGCCUGAGUUCUGCCCCUUCCAACCCCAGCCUUAUACUACCAGCCCCAUCCACGUGGAGGGCCCCCACCUGAGAUGGCUCCAGGCAUUCCGGAUAGGGUGCUAGGAUAGCAAAGACCUGUAGCCCUCUGAACCCCUAUAGCAAGUGGGGAAUCCCAUCACCUUACCCUCCCCUUUUGUAACCAUCCCCCCCCCCACAAGCCCUACUCCGACUCCCACCUGCUCUGCGGGCUCAGUCCCCAUCUCUUGCUACUCGGGUUUCUGAAGUGUAGCCGCAGGGGGAGAAGGGGGAGAAGUUAAACUAGUGGGACAGGAAGGAAGGGGCGGGGAGAGGGGCCAAGCGGGAGGUGGGGAUUAGGAUCUGUGGGCCCACUUUAUCUUUUUCAUCCCCCUCCCCAAAGGAGACUUCUUUCUACCCUGCCAGUGGAAAAGAAAAUGAACCUUGGAAUAUCAUCAUUCACUAGUUAGCUGUGUGAUCUUGAGUAAGUUUCUUUACCUCUCUGAGCUUUAGGUUUUUUUCAUCUGCAAGGUGGAGUAAGGUAAAAUGCUGAAUCCAGAAGAUUAUGGAGGGUGUCUAGCAUGGGGCCUGGGGCAUAAUUUGUCUUCCGAAAAUGGUAGGUUCUUUUACUUACCCUUCUCCCCAUCUCCAGGCACCGCCUCCCUCCUCUCUUUGCUUGGAUUUUUCAGGACCAUCGGGCCCUUGCCUCCCUUCCGCCAUCCCUACAGCCCCAGCCCCCUGAUGGUCUCAGGGCAUUCGGGGUAUUUCCCGGUGACUGGAGGCUCUCUACCCCCUCCCUUUUGCAACAGGGCUGAGGCGCGCGCUUGCGCGGGGUCCGGGAAAGCGCGCGUGCCAGGAGAGAGAGGCUGGGGAGGAAGGGGGGAGGUGAGAAGGUGGAAAGGAGAGGAGAGAGAGAAGAGCCGAGAGCCAGGAACCGGAGAGAAAGAGAGAGAGAGAGAGAGGGUUCGGGAGAUAGGAGGGAGGAAGGGAAAGGAGGAGAGACAGCGGUACGUCGCUAACGCCAAGGGGAGAGCUGGGAGCCCGAGUCGGAGCUGGAGCACCAGCCAGAGCCGGGCGCUGGGAGGCGGCCGCCGGGGACCCAUCAGCUCUGCAUGAUGCGUCUCCGGCUUUUCUGCAUCCUGCUCGCAGCGGUCUCAGGAGCUCGCGGCUGGGGCUACUACGGCUGCGACGAGGAGCUGGUGGGGCCCCUGUAUGCGCGCUCGCUGGGCGCCUCCUCCUACUAUGGGCUUUUCACAGCGCCGCGCUUCGCCCGGCUGCACGGCAUAAGCGGAUGGUCGCCCCGGAUCGGUGACCCGAAUCCCUGGCUCCAGAUAGACCUAAUGAAGAAGCACCGGAUCCGGGCUGUGGCCACACAGGGCUCCUUUAACUCGUGGGACUGGGUCACACGCUACAUGCUGCUCUACGGCGACCGCGUGGAUAGCUGGACGCCGUUCUACCAGCGAGGGCAUAACGCGACCUUCUUUGGUAAUGUCAACGAGUCCGCGGUGGUGCGCCACGACCUGCACUACCACUUCACGGCGCGUUACAUCCGCAUCGUGCCUCUGGCCUGGAACCCUCGCGGCAAGAUCGGCCUGAGGCUGGGCAUCUACGGCUGCCCUUACAGUAAGGGGCGGGGACAGUCGUGGAGCGAGGCCUGUGACCGGCAGUCUCCCGGCCCGAGCCCACCUGCUGUCCUUCGCGCAGAGUCCGACGUCCUCUAUUUUGACGGCGACGACGCCAUCUCGUACCGCUUCCCGCGUGGGGUCAGCCGGAGCCUGUGGGACGUGUUCGCCUUCAGCUUCAAGACCGAGGAGAAGGACGGGCUUCUGUUGCACGCCGAGGGCGCGCAGGGCGACUACGUGACGCUCGAGCUGCAGGGGGCGCACCUGCUGCUGCACAUGAGCCUUGGCAGCAGCCCCAUCCAGCCGAGGCCUGGUCACACGACAAUGACCGCGGGAGGCGUCCUCAACGACCAGCACUGGCACUAUGUGCGUGUGGACCGAUUUGGUCGCGAAGCCAACCUUACCCUGGACGGCUACGUGCAGCGCUUCCUGCUCAACGGCGACUUCGAGAGGUUGAACCUGGACAACGAGAUGUUCAUCGGGGGUCUGGUGGGUGCUGCGCGUAAGAACCUCGCCUAUCGGCAUAAUUUUCGUGGCUGCAUGGAGAAUAUAAUCUUCAAUCGAGUCAACAUUGCCGACUUGGCUGUGCGUCGCCACUCGCGGAUCACCUUCGAGGGUAAGGUGGCAUUCCGUUGCCUGGACCCGGUUCCGCACCCCAUCAACUUCGGAGGCCCUCACAACUUCGUGCAAGUGCCUGGCUUCCCGCGCCGCGGCCGCCUGGCAGUCUCCUUUCGCUUCCGCACCUGGGACCUCACAGGACUGCUACUGUUCUCCAGCCUGGGGGAUGGGCUGGGCCACGUGGAGCUGAUGCUCAGUGAAGGGCAGGUCAACGUGUCCAUUGCGCAGACCGGUCGCAAGAAGCUUCAGUUCGCUGCUGGGUACCGCCUGAAUGAUGGCUUUUGGCACGAGGUGAAUUUUGCGGCACAAGAAAACCAUGCAGUCAUUAGCAUUGAUGAUGUAGAGGGGGCAGAGGUCAGGGUCUCGUACCCACUGCUUAUCCGCACAGGGACUUCAUACUUCUUUGGAGGUUGUCCUAAGCCAGCCAGCCGAUGGGGCUGCCAUUCCAACCAGACAGCAUUCCAUGGCUGUAUGGAGCUGCUCAAGGUGGAUGGUCAACUGGUCAACCUGACUCUGGUAGAGUUCCGGCGGCUUGGACACUUUGCUGAAAUCCUCUUUGACACAUGUGGCAUCACUGAUAGGUGCAACCCUAACAUGUGUGAGCAUGAUGGACGCUGCUACCAGUCUUGGGAUGACUUCAUCUGCUAUUGUGAACUGACAGGCUACAAGGGGGAGACCUGCCACCAACCUUUGUAUAAGGAAUCCUGUGAAGCUUACAGGCUCAGUGGGAAAACUUCUGGAAACUUUACCAUUGAUCCUGAUGGCAGUGGCCCUCUGAAGCCAUUUGUAGUGUACUGUGAUAUCCGAGAGAAUCGAGCAUGGACAGUUGUGCGGCAUGACAGGCUGUGGACAACCCGGGUGACAGGUUCCAGCAUGGAGCGGCCAUUCCUGGGGGCCAUCCAGUACUGGAAUGCAUCCUGGGAGGAAGUCAGUGCCCUGGCCAACGGUUCCCAGCACUGUGAACAGUGGAUCGAGUUCUCCUGCUAUAACUCCCGGCUGCUGAACACUGCAGGAGGCUACCCCUACAGCUUUUGGAUUGGCCGAAAUGAAGAGCAGCACUUCUACUGGGGAGGCUCGCAGCCUGGAAUCCAGCGCUGUGCCUGUGGUCUGGACCGGAGCUGUGUGGACCCUGCCCUGCACUGUAACUGUGAUGCCGACCAGCCCCAGUGGAGAACCGACAAGGGACUGCUGACCUUUGUGGAUCAUCUGCCUGUCACCCAGGUGGUGGUGGGGGAUACAAACCGCUCCAAUUCCGAGGCCCAGUUCUUCCUGAGGCCUCUGCGCUGCUACGGUGAUCGAAACUCCUGGAACACAAUCUCCUUCCACACUGGGGCCACACUACGCUUUCCCCCAAUCCGUGCCAACCACAGCCUUGAUGUCUCCUUCUACUUCAGGACCUCGGCUUCCUCAGGAGUCUUCCUGGAGAAUAUAGGGGGCCCUUACUGCCAAUGGCGCCGACCCUACCUGCGGGUGGAACUCAACACAUCCAGGGAUGUGGUCUUCGCUUUCGAUGUGGGGAAUGGGGAUGAGAACCUGACAGUGCACUCAGAUGACUUUGAGUUCAACGAUGAUGAGUGGCACCUGGUUCGGGCUGAAAUCAAUGUGAAGCAAGCCCGGCUCCGCGUGGAUCACCGGCCCUGGGUGCUGCGGCCUAUGCCCCUGCAGACCUACAUCUGGCUGGAGUAUGACCAGCCCCUCUAUGUUGGUUCUGCAGAGCUGAAAAGGCGCCCCUUUGUGGGUUGCUUGAGGGCCAUGCGUCUGAAUGGAGUGACUCUGAACCUGGAGGGCCGUGCCAAUGCUUCUGAGGGUACCUCACCCAACUGCACGGGCCAUUGUGCCCACCCCCGGUUCCCCUGUUUCCAUGGGGGCCGCUGCGUGGAGCGCUAUAGCUACUACACUUGUGACUGUGACCUCACGGCUUUUGAUGGACCAUAUUGUAACCACGAUAUUGGUGGCUUCUUUGAGCCUGGCACCUGGAUGCGCUAUAACCUACAGUCAGCACUGCGCUCCGCAGCCCAGGAGUUCUCCCACAUGCUGAACCGGCCAGUGCCAGGCUAUGAGCCUGGCUAUGUCCCUGGCUAUGACACUCCUGGCUAUGUGCCUGGUUACCAUGGUCCUGGGUACCGCCUGCCUGAUUAUCCCCAGCCGGGUCGGCCAGUGCCUGGUUACCGUGGGCCUGUCUACAAUGUUACUGGAGAGGAAGUCUCCUUCAGCUUUAGUACAAGCUCUGCCCCUGCUGUCCUGCUCUAUGUCAGCUCCUUUGUGCGUGACUACAUGGCUGUACUCAUCAAGGAAGAUGGGACUCUGCAGCUGAGAUAUCAGCUGGGCACCAGUCCUUACGUGUACCAGCUAACUACCCGACCAGUUACUGAUGGCCAGCCCCACAGCGUCAAUAUCACCAGAGUCUACCGCACUCUCUUCAUCCAGGUGGACUACUUCCCAAUGACAGAACAGAAGUUCUCACUGUUGGUGGACAGUCAGCUGGACUCACCCAAGGCCUUGUAUCUAGGGCGUGUUAUGGAGACAGGAGUAAUUGACCCGGAGAUCCAGCGCUACAACACACCAGGUUUCUCAGGCUGCCUGUCUGGUGUUCGAUUCAACAACGUAGCUCCCCUCAAGACCCACUUCCGAACCCCUCGACCCAUGACUGCUGAGCUUGCUGAGGCCCUUCGAGUUCAGGGAGAACUGUCAGAAUCUAACUGUGGAGCCAUGCCACGGCUCGUCUCAGAGGUGCCACCUGAGCUUGAUCCCUGGUACCUGCCUCCAGACUUCCCAUACUACCAUGAUGAUGGAUGGGUUGCUAUACUUUUAGGCUUUUUGGUGGCCUUUCUGCUGCUCGGGCUGGUGGGAAUGUUGGUGCUCUUCUAUCUGCAAAAUCAUCGCUACAAGGGCUCCUACCACACCAACGAGCCCAAGGCCACUCAUGAUUACCACCCUGGCAGCAAACCUCCCCUGCCUACUUCAGACUCUGUCCAGGUCCCAGCCCCUACACCAGGUCCCACACCAGCCCCAGCUCCAGGCCCAGCCCCUGCCCCCCGGGACCAGAACUUACCUCAGAUCCUGGAGGAAUCCAGGUCUGAAUGAACUAGAAGGGCUUCUGGGACCAAGUUCAUCUCCCCUGAAUCUCCCCAUUCCUGCCUCCAUGCCACUCCAUCAGGGACAUUUGGCUUUUCUUAGCUGGCUCUGCCCAUCCAGAGGAUACCCCUCCUGCUACGUUUGGUCGGCAGAGUUACAGAUGGGACCAAAGGGAGUGGCCAAGCCUCACUGCCUAAACCAAUGCUCUGCCCAUCCCUGUCUCCCCAGGCUCCUGGCUGUUUGUCUGCCCCAAAGGAGAAGCCUCAUGGGGCUGUGACAGGCCCUUCCUGCCAUCUCUGUCCCAGCUGCCGCCAGGGAUUACACAACAGAGUGUAGGGGAGAUUAACUGCCUCCCUUCAAAUACACAAUCUCAGCAGGGACAGAUGUGUGGGAUUGCAGGGAUGUGCAGGGUAUGGGGGGAGGAGGCUGCUAAAUCAUAUCCCCCAGCCUCCCCUCUGCCCUGCAGAAUGUCUUCCAUCUGCUUCCACUCAGCUGGGGCUUAGGGAGGGCUUCAUCGUUGUCCCCCACUCCUUUUUGUUUUUUACAUAGAGACCGAGAGGCCUCAGUUUAGCACCUUAGUACCUCCGCUGCUUCACAUGCUUUAGCCAAAGCCAUAAACACUUGCAAUGUAGAGAGAAUAAUGCAGACACCCUGACUAGCCAGCCUUCGACUCUUCCACCCUCUUCCAAGAUAUGCAAUAGCCUUGGUGCCUGUCCAAAGGCUUGGCCCCCCUCCAAUGCAUGAGGAGCCCUCUUUCCUCCGCUCAGAGAUGCUGCUUCGUUUGCCCAGGAGGUCAUGCUCUUUAUAUAUAUAUUUUGUUGCAAAGUGUCUCUAGAGAAACUCUAUAGAGUACUCUAAUUUUUUAAUUAUCAGUUUAUAUAUAAAAGAAAAAAAAGAACAAUCGGCUGUCCUGUGCUGUGCUGUGCUGUGCCCACAGUCUGUAGCCUGCUCUUCUCUGUUGGAAGUCUCCUGAAUUCUGCUGGUCACUCGCCCAGCCCGGUCUGGACCUCCAUGUGAAGUAGGGCUGAGCCUGUUGUGUUCUCAGACUUGGAGCCGUACCAAUAAAGACAGAGUGGCAGAGCCCAGUCUGUGUGUGAUGGUUGGCGUUGUGGUUGGGGGGCAAGUGGGAUGGUCUAAGGGAACUCACCUGAGGGCUCAGGAAUUUCUAGUGAAGCCUCAGAAUCCCUGUGUCCCUUGCCAGGGGCCUGUCUGGAUCUUUCCAACCUCCCAACUUUCCCCGCCCACCACCAUAUCUUGGCUGUACCUCCCCCAACCCCAGAUCCCAAUGGGCAAGGUGGAUCAGAAUGCAGAAGCUUCAGCCGGAGCUGCUC